AUGUCGUAUUCUCGGCCUUCAUUUCGACGCUUCCCAGUGACUUCACGACUCUCCAACAAGUAUGAAAUGUAUUUAUAUCGAGAAGGAGGGGUGGAUGAUCCAAACAAGUUGACGGGAGUCCCUGCGUUGUUCAUUCCCGGUCAUGCAGGUAGUUACAAGCAGGUGCGAUCCAUUGCUGGUGAAACAGCACAAUAUCAACCUUCACUCGACUUCUUCACAGUGGAUUUGAAUGAAGAGUUUUCAGCUAUCAGUGGUCGCCUGUUACUUGAUCAAGCCGAGUAUUUAAAUGACGUUGUUCAACAUAUUCUCGCUCUUUAUCAGCACCGAUUCAGCUCUGUGGUCAUUGUGGGUCAUUCUAUGGGUGGUAUUGUUGCACGCUUGAUGCCAACACUUGCCAAUUAUCAACCACACAGCAUCAAUACCAUCCUCACACUCGCUUCACCUCAUGCAAAAGCGCCCAUUGUAUUGGACCCAAAGAUUGCACGUAUAUAUCAGUCAUCCAUUCAUCCUAUCGCAUCCAACAUCACCAUCAUGUCAUUAGCCGGUGGGACCUCGGACUCUAUUGUGAAUUCCGAUGCAGCAAGCUUGAGCAGUGAUCCUGGUGGUCUUACUGCAUUUACGACAUCCAUCCCACAAGUAUGGACGACAUGUGAUCAUAUGGCUAUCCUGUGGUGUAACCAGCUUGUCAAAAGGGUCGGCAAAGCAUUGGUGGAAAUCACGAAUAAGAACGACAUUUCUGGAACACGACCUUUCGAUGAUCGCAUUCAAAUCUUUCAAAAGUAUUUUGCGCCAUCAUCAAUAACUCCUGUAUUGAAAGACUAUGUCAACGUGCAAGACGCAUCUAUUGUGAAUGAUCCUCGAACGGCUAUCGCAAUGGAAACGAAUCAAAUGAAAUUGAUACGGAGCAAGGGCCUAAUGGGAGUACUUACAAAUGAUGAGGAUCUACAACUCUUGACUUGUGGAAAAGAUCAGCAUGAAUGCCGACGCAUCAAAAACACAGCCAUUCGCUUGCCCACCUCGACAUCGACCGAUACGCAUUCUUCUUUCCAUGGCUCAUCGUUUUGGUUUCAUCAAGUGGAUGCCGAGCAGUAUCUUGGUAUUCAAUCGACACAAAAGGAUACAUUCGUUGUGACUGAUACCAUUGACGAUGCAUCAUCGAUGAUUGUGCAAUAUUCAAUGUGGGAUGUGAUUAUGCAAGGCGUGUCGAUACCCAUCUUUGACAAGCUGUACUCAUCCAUAUCUAUUCCUGCCAUCCGACAACCAUUACUUGCAUACCAACUCACAUUAACAUUCGCUGGGAAAUGCGACACACCACCAUUAUUCGCCCCACUGGUUCAACAAACGUUUGGAGACGAGAGCAAAUUUCACGUGGGAUUGAUUGGCAAAGAGCGUUCGGUGAUAGAUAUCAACUUUUACGCAGACCCAGCUAUGGAUCAUUCAUUGGAGAUUCGUGUAUGGGCUCCUUACCCGAUGCAUGUUGGAUUGGCCGUUGAUUGGUAUGGUUCCAUUGGCAAAUGUAUACUGCGAGCGGGUCCCGCCAUUGUUGUCUACAUCUUUGUGAUCACAUUAAUGGUUCUUCAACAAACACUUCAAGGUGGAUCCCUUGUAAGCGGAUUGACGAGAGCUCUCAAGAUUGACGUGCCAAGUAUUGUUGCUGUUGUGUCACUACAUGGAAUAUUAUCACAACGAGAUGCAUGGUGGUUACAUGCAGCAUCUUUGUUUUUGGCUGCAGGUAUCACAUGUUUGCUGUGGGCUGUGCUACGCUUGUUGCAGGCAGUGUUUCGAAUGUUGCUUUGGCCCGUGCCCUUACAAUACCAAUCAUCCAUGAUGUGGGUUCCUUCAGCGAUGGCUUUGGGGCUUAUUCGGGUAUUACCUGUGCCUGUGAUUGUUGUGGGUCUAUACAUUUUCUGGUUGGGAGUCACUGCACGUCAUCAGGAUCCUAUUCGAGAAGCUGUUCUCCUCUUUUUGACAUCGUUUAUGCCUUACAAUGUCCCUGGUCUUAUUGUCUAUAUCCGUGAUGUAAUGCAACUGGGAUGGCAAACCCCAUCGUGGUCGAUGAUGGAUGUUCUAGACGAUUUACCGGCACUCGCAGCUGUUCUAUUGUUGAUUGCUAUGGACCGAUACUCUUCUUUCCUCAAAAGCCGAUACUUUUCCUAUCUUACAACUGUCAUGAUAUUAUACUAUGCUAUCUACGGCGAUCGUGAUCCCUUCCCACUCCAUAGACUCGUACAUCAUUAUUGGCUCUUGGCAGUUUCAUCAUAA